AUGUCAACCCCGCUAGAAGAACAGGAGAAUGAAAUAGAAGUUCUCCAGUCCAUAUACGAGGAUAAUUUCCAUCUUCUCUCCACAAAGCAAAAGCACAAACACUUUGAAAUAAAUCUUUAUGGCCACGCGUGCGACAAUAUGGAGACUGUAGUCUCCUGUACUCUCUAUUUCAAAUAUAGCUCUAAAUACCCAUCAGAUGGUCCUCAUUUUGAAAUUCGUUCUCCCGAGGGGAUCAGUGAUGAUCAAAAUGCCGAAUUAGUCACACUUAUCAACGAAGUAAUCGAACGUUCAAUUGGUGCGAUUAUGAUCUUUGAUAUUGUCUCCGAAGUCCAACAGAAACUUGAUGAGUACACUGAUAAGCUUAUUAAUGACUUAACAGCUCGUAAGGAGAAGCAAGCCAAGAUCAAAUCUCUCGCAGAAGCAGAAAGAGAGAAAGAGAAUGAACGGAAGUUGUGCUCUGGAACUCCUGUGACUGUGGAGUCUUUUAACGCAUGGAAUAAGGCAUUUUUAGCCGAGUUAGCCGCUAAAAAGGAGGCUGAGGAGACGAAGAUUAAAAAAUCUCAAUCAAGCGGUGCUCAACCAGUCAAACGACUCACAGGUCGUGAAAUGUUCCUUCGUGAUGAUCAAUUUGAUGAAUCAGACCUUAAAAUCCUGGAGGAAGAGGGUGGCGAAAUUGUUGAAGUGGACGAAAAGUUGUUUGUUGAUAUUGGGGAUCUUGAUUUGUCCGCCAUAGAAUUGGAUGAUUUCAAUGUGGCUGGAAGUGGUGAAGGUAGUAUUGUUGCUUGA